AUGGAAUCUGAACAUAUUGUCACUAAAACUCAUAUAGAUACUUGUGCUGUUGAGUUGAAACACAUCUUUGGAACCUUUGUCAAUGAUCAUAUUGAUGAUAGUAUGAUGAACUUUAUUGCGUUAGAACAUAUUAUCAAAGCUUUUUCUGAAGUUCAUAAUGACAAUAGUAUUGUCAAAUCAGAACACAUCUUUGAAAAUCAUAUAGAUAAUAGUAUCAUAGAUUCAGAAGCUCUUGCUAAAUAUAUGAAUAAUAACAUUGUAGGAUCAGUGCAAACUUUUGAAAAUUAUAUAGAUAAUAGUAUCUUGAAGCCAGAACAUACUGUAAAAUAUAGUAUUGUUGUAUGUAAGUUUGAUAAAGAUGAUCUUGGAUUAAUAAAAAAGCUUCAUGAUAAUGAACUCAGGACAAAAGAUAUUUUUUUUGUAUUAGCUUCAGUUAGCUCUAAAUACAUUCAUAAACCUGAUGUUUAUAAUAUGAUAAGCUAUUAUAUUGCAUUAAAAGACAUAUAUGGUACCAAACAAGAUCAAGAUGAUGAAUUCAUUCAAGAGAUUUUUUGGGCAUAUCAUAGUAUAUUCUCUGAGUUCAUAGUUAAACUUGCAUACGAUGAUAGUUUAGAAACUUAUUAUAUUGAACAAGAGCUCACAGUAUUAUGGAGACAAUUUCCAGAAGCUAAAUCAUAUAUGUGUGAAACAUGGAUACUAUACAAAAAUAAUUGGCUUGUACCAUUUACAAAACAUAAUAUAAACCUUGAUAUAAAGUCAAGUCAGCAUGUAGAAAGUUUAUACAAUAAGCUAAAAGAGUGUGCACAACUAGCAUCAGAUACAUUCAACGUGCCAGUCAUAGUAUUUGGUACAGGCCCUGCAAUAAGCCUUCUAUUUUUAUCAUAUAAUCAAAAACCUAGUCAUUGCAGAAAACCUAUUAUUUUACAAUAG